UUCCCUCUUCCUCCUCCUUCCACUUCUCCUCCUCCCCUUCCUCCUCCUCGCCCUCCUCCUCUUUCUCCUCCCCCUCUCUAAGUGUACAGACUGCACCCUACCACCUGGUUGGCUUCUGACAAACGGGCAUCUCUCCCUUUUUAGGGACCAGGGACACAGAGAAAGAGAGAGGAGAGAGACAAGGGACAUUCUAAUGCAGACUGCCUGAUACUCUACCCCCGCCCCAAAUAAUAAUAAAUUUUGGCUCUUGUCCCCUCCUCCAACCCCCACCCCCUCAAGCUUGUGUGAGAUGUUGGGUUUCUUCAGGAGACACUGCUGAGAAGUCGCAGAGGUUGGGGAGGCGUAGGGGGGGUGGACUCCCUCUACCUCCACUCCUUCCCUCCCCCUUUUUUCUUUCUGGGAGGAGGUGGAGGAGGAGGAGGGGAAGGGGGGUUGCAGAGCAAGCUAUGGAUGAGGAGAACAUGACGAAAAGCGAAGACCAGCAACCUCUGAGUUUGCAAAAAGCCUUGCAGCAGUGCGAGCUGGUUCAAAACAUGAUCGACCUGAGCAUCUCCAAUCUAGAAGGGCUUAGGACGAAGUGUGCAGCUUCCAACGACCUCACGCAGAAGGAGAUCAGGACCCUGGAGAGCAAGCUGGUGAAGUACUUCAGCCGACAGUUGUCCUGUAAGAAGAAGGUGGCCCUGCAGGAGCGCAAUGCCGAACUGGAUGGCUUCCCCCAGCUCCGUCACUGGUUCCGGAUCGUGGACGUGCGGAAGGAAGUCCUGGAGGAGAUCUCCCCUGACCAGCUGAGCUUGGAGGACCUCCUGGAGAUGACCGAUGAGCAGGUGUGCGAGACCGUGGAGAAGUAUGGAGCCAACCGGGAAGAGUGCGCCCGGCUCAACGCCUCACUCUCCUGUCUCAGGAAUGUGCACAAAUCAGGAGGGAAUCUCUCCAAACAAGACUGGAUCAUCCAGUGGCCCACCACGGAGCCAGGCCAGGAGAGCAACCCUGUGUGUCCCCCGGAGCCCAGCCCGUGGAUCCGAACCCGCCUCUCCCAGAGCCCCAGGGUCCAGUCCAAGUGUCCCCAGCACUUCUGUCACACCAGCCCUACGCCUGGGGCCCCUGUAUACACCCAUGUGGACAGACUUACUGUAGACGCCUACCAGAGCUUGUGCCCACCGCCGCCCCUGGAAUCAGGUCACCGCUCCCUGCCCCCAUCACCCCGGCAGCGGCACGUAGUCCGCACCCCACCUCGCACUCCGAAUAUUGUCACCACCGUGACCCCUCCUGGCACACCACCCAUGAGGAGAAAAAACAAGCUGAAGCCUCCGGGGACUCCACCCCCCUCCUCUCGGAAGCUCAUCCACCUGAUCCCUGGUUUCACAGCACUGCACAGGAGCAAAUCCCAUGAGUUCCAGCUCGGGAACCGCGUAGACGAGGCCAACACGCCCAAAGCCAAGAAGAAGAGCAAACCCUUGAACCUCAAGAUCCACAGUGGCGUGGGCAGCUGUGAGAACAUCCCUGCCCAGCAGCGGUCUCCGCUCCUGUCCGAGCGCUCCCUGCGGUCCUUCUUUGUGGGCCACGGGCCCUUCCUGCCCUCCACCCCGCCCGUCCACACUGAAGCCAAUUUCUCUGCAAACACACUCUCUGUACCUCGAUGGUCGCCACAGAUCCCACGCAGAGACCUUGGCAAUUCCAUCAAACACAGGUUUUCCACCAAGUACUGGAUGUCUCAGACGUGCACGGUCUGCGGGAAAGGGAUGCUCUUUGGCCUCAAGUGUAAAAACUGCAAGUUAAAGUGCCACAAUAAAUGCACCAAAGAAGCCCCACCCUGUCACCUCUUGAUCAUCCACCGAGGAGACCCAGCAAGGUUAGUGCGAACGGAGUCCGUCCCCUGUGACAUCAACAACCCUGUCCGGAAGCCUGCCCGAUAUUCCGAUCUCCACAUCAGCCAGACGCUCCCUAAAACCAACAAAAUCAACAAGGACCACAUCCCUGUCCCCUACCAGCCAGACUCCAGCAGCAAUCCCUCCUCCACGACGUCCUCCACGCCCUCCUCACCGGCACCCCCCCUCCCUCCCAGUGCCACGCCGCCUUCUCCCCUGCACCCCUCCCCGCAGUGCCCGAGACAGAAAAAGAACUUCAACCUGCCAGCUUCCCACUAUUACAAAUACAAGCAGCAGUUCAUCUUCCCAGAUGUGGUACCUGUACCAGAGACGCCCACCCGAGCACCCCAAGUCAUCCUGCAUCCUGUCACCUCGAAUACAAUCUUGGAAGGGAAUCCGUUACUUCAAAUUGAAGUGGAACCAACCUCCGAGAAUGAAGAGGGCCACGACGAAGCAGAGGAGUCUGAGGAUGAAUUUGAAGAAAUGAAUCUGUCCCUCCUCUCAGCCCGAAGCUUCCCACGCAAGGCCAGCCAGACCAGCAUCUUCCUUCAGGAGUGGGACAUCCCGUUUGAACAGCUAGAGAUCGGCGAACUCAUCGGGAAGGGCCGCUUCGGGCAGGUUUACCAUGGACGCUGGCAUGGCGAGGUGGCCAUCCGGUUGAUUGACAUAGAGAGGGACAAUGAGGACCAACUCAAGGCCUUCAAGCGGGAAGUGAUGGCCUACAGGCAGACGAGGCACGAGAACGUGGUGCUCUUCAUGGGAGCCUGCAUGAGCCCACCCCACUUGGCUAUCAUCACCAGCCUCUGUAAGGGACGGACACUCUACUCCGUGGUGAGGGACGCCAAGAUUGUCUUGGAUGUCAACAAAACCAGGCAGAUUGCACAAGAGAUUGUUAAGGGCAUGGGCUAUCUCCAUGCCAAGGGCAUCCUUCACAAGGACCUCAAAUCGAAGAAUGUCUUCUACGACAACGGUAAAGUGGUCAUCACAGACUUCGGGCUCUUCAGCAUUUCUGGGGUGCUGCAGGCUGGCAGGCGGGAUGACAAGUUGCGGAUCCAGAACGGUUGGCUGUGCCACCUAGCCCCAGAGAUCAUCCGCCAGCUGUCCCCUGACACAGAAGAGGACAAGCUCCCGUUCUCCAAGCACUCGGAUGUCUUUGCACUUGGCACCAUCUGGUAUGAGCUCCACGCCAGGGAGUGGCCAUUCAAGACCCAACCAGCAGAGGCAAUAAUUUGGCAGAUGGGCGCAGGAAUGAAACCCAACCUCAGCCAGAUUGGCAUGGGAAAAGAAAUCUCGGACAUACUGCUCUUCUGCUGGGCCUUCGAGCAGGAAGAGCGGCCCACCUUCACCAAGCUCAUGGAUAUGCUAGAGAAACUGCCAAAGCGGAACCGCCGUCUGUCGCACCCCGGACACUUCUGGAAGUCUGCAGAGCUGUGACCAUGGACAUUGGCCAGCAUCAGCUGCCUCACCCCCAAACCACCUCUGUCCCUCUGCUCUGCCCUCUGCCAGCUCAUGAGGCCCAGGCUCACCAUCAGGGAGUCCUGCCACCGCUCAGCCUGGGAGACCUGCGUGACGGACAACGUUGCAGAGGCUGUCCACACCUUCGACUUGUACCCCGUUACUCAGGCAGGAUCAGGGACCACUGAACUAGGAUCAAACUGGGCCAGAGAGGGUCCCGUGCCUGGCGUGAAGAGCUGCAGACUGAGCACAACACCUCUGGGCUGCGGGGACCAAGACACACGCCCUGGGGGCAGACGCGGACUCACACGCUGGACCAGUGUGCGUGUGUGUGUGUCUACAGGUGGACGGGGCCAGCUACUUUCCUUCCGCCGGGAUGAGCCAGCUAUGGAGUGCCCCAGCCGUGCUAUCCUGGAACACAGGACAGAGAACCAGAAACAACACACCUGCUCCGUUGUCAAGGCUCCCAGGCCAAGGUCAGGGUAGGGAGGGGGUAGACUGAGCUUGCAAACAUCUGUUCUCAGAGGCCCCAUUCCAAGCUGGAAGUGACUGGUAGCCGCCAAGCACACAAUUCCGAAGACAGUAGGCAGUCCUGUGUGUCUUUUUAGCACAGAGCCUCUCCGAGGACCAGUCCCUGACCUCCACCCUCCUCCUGUUUUGUAAGAACAUUGUUCUAAAUCACCUCUGCCCACACUAUCCCGGGCACCUGGAGACCACCAUAGCGUCUCAGCUGAUAUGACAUCUGGGGGCCCUUGACAGUUCACCAUCAUCCAUGGCUCCCCCAAAGUCUGAGUCCUGAGAACGGGAGCUGUGACGAGAGAGGUCUAGUGAGUUUUCUCUGUGGCGCUAGCACUGCUGGGGUUAAGUUCUCCCACCAUGAUGGAUGCGGUCCUGGGUGUGCAUGAUGGGUUACACGGGCGUGCGUGUAACUGUUUACAACGGUCUCCCUGCCUCUCACCGGCUGUGUUCCUUGUCAGGGAGGUGAGGGGAGAAUACACAGAGAGGUUUCCAAGGUCUCUGCCCUCGCCUGGUGCUGAAUCCUGAGUGGUUUCCCCACUGAGGACCCUGGGACCCUGGGGCCCUCCCUUACUGUGCCCACUCAACAUCCUGUCUCCCGAGCCUUUCUUCAUUCCUUGCUGGAGAUGGAAGCUUUUCUGGUUGGUGUUGGGCUGCACCCCUCCCCCACACACAAUAUCCUCCCUGAGGCAUGUUGGGGAUGGGUACAGAGUGAAUGGGAAGGAGAGCCCUAAGGUCAUUGCUCCACUCGUCCCCAGCAAUCGGACCUGACAGGAGAGGAAAAGUUGUCCCCAAGCAGAGAAGUAGCAGAGGUAGCUAGGCAGCGAAAUCCAAGCAACACACAAAACCAUCCCCCUUUUUGAGUGGCCCUAAUAGAUUCGUACCCUGGGACCAAGCAUGCAUGCAUAGCAGGAAGACUGAUUGACAGUAGUCAAGCUUCUAGAGAGAGAGACGUACCCUAUGACACCCUCAAGUCUUUUCAGGUCCUUCUCAAACCUCUUUGCAACGCUCCUGCUGUCUGCACCUGGGGUCCUGGGACCCACCCAAGUUGUUUCCAUGUGAACAUCCCUCUCCUGGUGACAUCUGUCUCUGUGGCUCAGCUUUUGUGCCUCUCACAGACGGUUCCCAUACAUUUGCUCAUGGCCCCAGGCUCUAGAGUCGCUAAGGACCGUUCUCGACAACAGCUGUAACCCCAUCUAACAAGCCCCGUUCUGAAUAUAUCCCUGUGGCCAGGGCUGGGCAUCUUAGAAUUUCUUGUUUCUCUUUAAUCCCAUCAGGACCUCUUUGGUCCACGGACCCCAGUCUCUGUCACAGGCCUUUGUAUCUUGGAGGAAGUAAGAGAGGAGAGGACCAGGGAGGACUGAACCACUGGGACCCUGAAGUGUCCCCGGGAACUGGGGCCCACUCAUCUUCUCCUGUUUGUAGCUGAAUGACCCAGUCGGGUACAGUUCUGGGUGCCCCAAGGAAGCCAGAGGAAGGCGUCUCAUCAGGAAGGAGUAACCAGUCACCUGCAUCCCAGGGGUCUCCCUGCACUUAAGCUGGGGUCUACAGUCUUUCACACAUCCACAGAUGAAUGUGGUGGUAACCUGCCUGUAAUCCUGGCACUCUGGAGGCUGAGGCAGGAGGAUAACAGGUCUGGACUACAUACGAUUUCUGAGAGGCUGUUAGUGAUUAAGUACUUGGAUGAUACAGGGUGAGUCUGGGCCUUCCCUGCUCCUACGCCACUCUUCCACUUACAGGGUCUGGGUCUCUUGGAUCUAGGUCAAAUGUCACCUCUUCACCCUCGCUCCUCCCUGACCUCCACACCCACCGAGACCUGUACCUGGGCUGCAGGCUUCAUCACUGGCUUCCCUCCCUACCUUCAGCUAACCGGCUGUGGCUUGCUAGUAGCCCCUUAAUGUACAGAUAUCUGAAUUAAGGAAUUAAAAAAAAUCAGUCUCUUCCCUGAGGAAGCAGCUGGGGGAAAUGUAUUCCUUCACCUUGUACAGAGCCAAUGGAAAGAGAGGAGGCCAUGCAGUUAGAAACAUUUCCCCUCCCAACUGCUGGCCCAUCCAGCAGAUCGCUUUGUACAAUGUCCCUUGUUCUGCCAGACCAGCCACCCGCUCCACCAACACCAAAUGGCUUCUGUUCCUGCUUUACACUGCAAAUCCUUCAAGACAUGGGCUUCAGAGGGGAUGAGUCCCUUCAAUCCUUGUACUGGGACAUCAUCUAUGUCCCCAUCCCCAGAGCUAGAUUAGAAACUCCAAGUAGCUCCUUGGAUUGUUUUGUGGGGGUUUAACCCCUUACUGGACAAAGAGAUGGGAAGCCAUUUCCCCAUGUGCUCCUGUUUUCUGUAGCAAUUUUGAACUCUUGACCAAUAGAAAUCCUAGACUGGUGUUGCUAGGCAACCGACUGUAUCCAGGAUACCCAGAGUAGGAGGUGGGUAGAGCUCUUGUCCAACACACACAAAGCCCCAAGUUCCAUCCCCAGUACCACAUAAACCAGGUGUGAUGGUGCAUGCCUACACCCCCACACAAGAGAGGUGGAGACAGGAGGAUCAGAAGUUCAGGCUCAUCCUUAGUUAUGAGUGGGUUUGAGAGCAACCUGGGCUACAUGCGACCUUGUCUCGAGAAAUAAUUUCUGCAAAUUCAGGACACUUGGCACCUCAUACUCCAUGUUCAUGUCCUGCCUGUGCCACAAGCAUGCACAAAGCCAGACUUUCCUCAUCUCCCGUAUCCCUUGUCCCAUUUUGCAUGUGGUCACCUAAGGUGCACAGACAAAGAAGAACCACUCACUUAACACUUCACUGGGGGCAUCGAGCUCCAGCCUGCAAAGUGGAUUUUUACAUCCUUUGCAACUGAGGGUGAAAAAAAAAAGUCAAAAGAAGAAAAAUAUGACUCGGGCAAAUUCAAGGCAAUUCAAACUUUCCGCCAGUCCCAUAUUGUCCCUAGCAUUGGCAAAACUAUUUGCAAGACAGCCCCUGUGACCUGUAGAGUCAAAAUAUCUUGUGGCUUGGUCUGUGGCCAGUUUGGCUGGCCUAUGAUAUAGCGGGCUGUCUUAGUGGUGAGACUUCAGGGGGGGCACCCUACAGGAAAUGCAAAGGUUGAAACGGAACAGACAGCUCCCUGACCCUGACUGGCCAGGUGUGGUGCUAGCUAGGAUGUGAGUCAAGCCCUUGAGGCUGCUGUGAGCUAUCAGAUGUGUCCAACCCACAGCCCACAGACCGCAUGUGCCCCAGGACAGCUGGGAAGGUGGCCCAGUACAAAACUGUAAACUGACUUAAAAACAUUAAGGGUUUUUAUUUUAUUGUAGUUUGUUUGCUUUUUUUUUUUGGUGUUUUUUUUUUCCUUUUCCAUUUUUUUCUAACUCAAGUAUAGAUGACAAUGUCGUGUCUCAGUGUCCAUGGCAUGAGAUCACAGCUAGCUAGACUUCAAGGCUGCCUGGGUCAGCCAGUGACGUCAGCACACAGGCCGGCUUACACAACAGUUGCUCAUUUCUCUCAGAUCUGGGGUGAUCUCUGAGGUGCCUUCCUGUAAUCUCUUGCCUCUGGGAUCAUCUUUUUCUGAGACCACUAGUAAAACCGCCUUUCUCCUUGGACCUCUUUGAAGACUCUCUGAAUGUAUGUUGGAGAUUUCCAACAGGUGUUGGGGAAGACUCAAUAAUAUGAGCCUUAUGGGGGUCAUCAUCAUUCCUGUACCAAUGGAGGUGACUGAGGCUGUGGGUUUUCAGUACCUACAGACCUCCCAUCUCUGGCUUUUCAUUCCCACUCUGGGCAGAACUUUGAGUCCCCACAUGGGCCCUUCAUCUCCUCAUGCCCUGACUGUCUUCUUUCCACACAUCCACCCUCCGAGGGACUGGUCUUGUUCUGAGAGUGAUUCUGGUGAAGCUGAGCCUCCCUCUGCCCCAUGUUGGCUUCUGUGACAAACUACCAAGAGGCUUGUCACCAUGAAGAUGCAUGCUCUCGCCAUCCUAUAGAUUCAAAGUCCGAACACAAGAUGGCCCCAGGACCAAGCCCCUCUGGAAUUUGUCUGGGAGUGUUUUCUUCUUGCUUCUUGACGUGUAGUGGUAUGUGAUAAGCUCGGAUGUUCCCUGGCUUGUGGAAACGUCUCUCCAACCUUUACCUUUGACUCCACCAGUCACAAUGAUGAUCUUGCAUCUGUCUUCCUGUGGCUUGUUUUAUGAGGACCCAGUCCUGUUGAAUCAGGAUGCUGUGAAUUAGUUAUUUUGUAACUUGUGAUUGUAACCAAUGCUGGCUAGAAACAGCAUAGGGGAGUAAUUACAUGGUUUAGGCUCACAGUUUCGAAGGGCUCGGUCCAUAGCUGCCUGACUCUGUUUCUGGGCCUUUCUUGAGGCAGGUAUUCAUCCUGGUAGUAUGAGAGUAAGGAGGAGGAGUUUCUUCAUGGCAAACAGGGAGCAAGGAGCAAUACAAGAAGGAGUCAGGGUGAGAUGUGUCAUUGCCACUUCCUCCAGCUAGGACCUUUCAGCAUCACAUUGUGAAUCUAUCCAAGGACUUGUGGGUUAGGUCAGAGGUAUCAAUAUAUCUCCAGAAAGUUCUUCACAGAUACCCAGAGGUACUUCAUUGAUCUCUUGAAAAGCAUUUCUUAAUUCUGUCAAGUUGUCAAUCAAGAUUACACUCCACACUGCUUCAAGGGCCUGCACGAACCUGUUUCCAAUCAGGGCCCAUUCCGAGGCUCUCGGGCACUACCUAAACCCCAGCACUCUCCCAGCAACUCUCCUUUGAAUACAUAUGCCAUCUUGCUUUCUUUGUGGCAAAACCCUGGGUCUCCCAGAGACAGAUUUCCCAGAAUCCCUGGGCCCCUUCUCAAUCCUACCCAUGUCAGACAUGCCCCAUCCUUGACUCCUGAUAAGACAUAGACUUCAGCACAUGAGUGGUUAGAGUAGGCAAUGUGGAAGUACCAAUAAGGUUAUUGAGAUGAGGAUCUAGAAAGAUCUAUGUAUUAAAAAAAAUCUAGAAGGAUGAAGAUCUCAAGCAAGGAGAGUGUGUGCCUGCUAAUGCUCCUGCCACUGUUCCCCCUUCCUCUGCCCUUGGCAGACAUUGCUAAUCAAUCUCAGCACAGCUUCUAACUACAGUCAUAGAGCAUUUGCCACAAAGGCCCUGAAUGUGACUAUGUGUGCUGCUGAGAAGGGAAGGUAGUUUCCCCCCCCCAGAAAGUCCCCUCUAAUAAACAUUGGUGGUUUUAGAAUUCAUGCCUCAGAAUUUUCCAGAGACCCAAAUCACUCAGGGUCCCCGUAGUGGAUAGUCUGCCUGGAACUGUACAAGAGUUAAUUUCCCAACUGGGAAGAAAACUUAGCCAACUGGGAAAGGCUUCUUUCCUGGUAACCCUGCUGCUAAUACUAUGUUGAAACUGUUGAAAUGAAGGAACUGACUCUAACUGCUUUUUGGCCUCUUUCUGCAAGGGAAUCUCAAAAUCAAGUUUUUACCCAAUGGCCUCUGGGAUCCACUCUCUCUACUCCUGAACUCUUUUUUUUUUUCUUUUCUUUUUUUCGGAGCCGAGAACCGAACCCAGGGCCUUGCGCUUACUAGGCAAGCGCUCUACCACUGAGCUAAAUCCCCAACCCCUACUCCUGAACUCUUAAAAUGCCACUGAUAAUUAGGGUAGUGACCAAGAAGACCUUCCCUGGCCCGUCUCUUCAUCGCCUGACCCAUUCCAUCUCUUGCCCAUGUGCUGAGAAAGACUGAAAACUAGUCAUCAUCAUGCACUUACUCACGUUCGAUCUGCAGACCAGCGCUCCUCUCCACAGAGCUGGCAGCCAUUGUUGAUGGCUACAGGAUAGAUACAUUAUGGAUCAUUAGAUGUGGAAGUCUGAGGGUUCCAAUCAAAGCCUGGCUAUUUCUUCAUGUUUUUAAACUGCCUUGACUUCUCUCAAUGACCGACUUCAGAUGCCAGGAUAUGAGAAAUGCUAGGUCCAGGGAUGGUGGGGAUGAUUCUGUCCAGUGGCAGACAAUACCUGAGAAGCAGCCAAUUAUGAAGAUAGAGGUUUUCCAUGUACAGAAGGCUGGGAGAACUCAAAGGGGUGUGGCCAGUUAUGUACAGAGGUGAAACUGAAGUCUGAAGGAAGAAGAGAGGCAGGAAGGUCAGACUGGCUGAAUCUUAGUGCUGUUGACCUUGGACCCAGUCAGUUCUUAGAUUUCUGUCAUAGCCCAGGCUAGCCUCAAACCCUUGAUCCUCCUGUCCCUGGUAGAGAAACAGCGACUAAAUGGUGUGAUAGAAUGUGACUGCUCUGUCCCUUAUCUGGCUGUCACCGAUGGAAAGUUCCCUGUGUCAUGCCCCUAAUCAGAUCCAGGGGACCCAAUGACCCAGAAUUGUAGGGGACAGAGGAGAAGGUGGGCAUUACAAGAGGCUGGAGCUUGGAAAGCACUUUGGAAAUUUGAUACAUGUGACCACCAAGCACCACCCGGGGAAGAAACUAGGUCACUGGGACUCUGUCCCCUGAGGGUCCACUGACUGUCCCCGGGUGUCUCUGCUGUACAUAGGCCAGUCACACACCCUUCUAAAAGCCUGCUCUUGUUUGCUUUUGUCUCUUCACCAUACUCCCCGGCCACCUCUUCCAAUGGCGCCCUGACUUAUCAGUCACCUGACCCACAGACCCCUGUGGACACACUAGACAGCCUCAUCCUAGGUUGUCUUGGCAUGGUCUCUCUCUGUGUACAGCGAGUUCCCUCCAUGAACGAGCUGGUGGACAUCAAAGACACACAGGGACAUGGAGAUGAGUUGAUGGAAAAACCUCCACGCCCCACAUAAUUCUCGAAUGUGACGGGCCAAGUGAUGGUUUAUUAUCAAAGAGGCUGACAAUGACCCAGGGCUCAUUGUGAGUCCCGGGCUGAAUCUGUUAUGGAGCCUAAAGUGCGGGAGAGACUGCCUUAGACUCGGUGGGGUGGGGGUUCCCAUUACUGCAAGUAUCGAUAUGGGCUUGAGGCACAGAAAACAGCACCUUGGCCGACUGUAGAACUCCCUGGGGUGGGGGUGGGGUAAAUGAAUGGGGCUCACAGCCCAACUUCAGCCUGAUUCAACUCGUAUUUCUCCUGCCCCUUCCUCUGGCUGCCCGUGACCUCGCCAACAGGUCCUUAGCAUUCUCGGUCCUUCUGGAGCAUACUUUGGACACUGUUAUCCUUGUGGAACCAUUAGCACUUGCUGUGUUGCUGGUUCCCAGGGGAAUGGCUGCAGUUAAAAAAAAAAAACAAACAAACCAGCACCUCCAUAGUGCCCUGGUCUCUGUCAUCUCAGCACCUAACUGAAUCUUCCACCCCAAAGCGUACCUCUCAGGAUAUCCCCGGGCACAUGAAGCUGAAAUGGAGAGACAGUGGGUAUCUCCCACGCACUUAGAUGCUGAUGGCCUGGGGACUAUAAACAGGGACAGUUGGGUCUCCUAAGAAAUAGCUCCUUGGUAUAGGAUGCUGGCAUCUACCAGAGGGAAACCGAGAUGUCUCCAUCCCCUGACCACUAAGGCCUUUGUAGAAGCGGGAAUCUCUUCCUCCUGACCCACGACCCCAAGGUCAAAGCCAAGAGCAUCGUCUGCGGCACACAAGUCGGUCUCCAUGGGCACACAGCCUUGCCAGACUCUACAGCCCAGGUUCCCACUCCAGACAUGUUGUUCCUACAUCCCUGACCCAAUGAUCUUUCUAGGGGUCUGUCACAUGUCCUAACAGGUGGACAGCUUUCUAUGUCACCAACCUGAGGGAAAUCCCUCCUUGUAAAAAGGCUUUCUCUUUGUAAAUUAUUCUGUUGCCUUUUUCUAAACACAAAGUAUAUAUACCUAUAAAUGCUAUAUAUAUAUAUUAUAUAUGUGUAUAUACAUAAAGACUACUUCUUGUACAGCCCUCCACGGACCUCAGGCCCACUGUUUUCUCCGUGUCUGUCUGUACCGACUGUUGCAGAACGAGCUGAUGUAUGACCUUGGUUCUCCAUUUCCCUUCUGGACCACUGUCUCUUCCUUUUCCUUUUUCGAUCUGUCUUGCUGUCUGUCUCUCUCACGCAUCGCCAACACAUUGCUGGCAAAGAAUGUUUGGUUUAGGUGCCAUCCAAGAAAGCAAGCAGGAUGGAUGGAUGGCUGAGUGGGUGGAUAUGUAUGUGAAUGGAUGGAUGGAUGGUUGUGUGAAUGGAUGGGUAGAUGGGUAGGUAGGUAUGUGAAUGGGUGGAUGAAUUGAUGGGUGAGUGGAUGAAUAGGUAUGUGAAUAAUGGAUGGGUGAAUGGAUGGAUAGGUAUGUGAAUGGGUGGAUGGAUGGAUGGAUGGAUGGAUGAAUGGAUGGGCAAGUAGAUGAAUGAGUAUGUGGGUAGAAGGAUGAGUGGGUAGAUGAUUGGAUGAAUAUGUUGGUAGAUUUAUGUAUUAGUAGGCAGGUGAGUGGAUGGAUGGAUGGAUGGAUGGAUGGAUGGAUGGAUGGAUGGAUGGACAGGUGGAUGGAUGGAUAAAUGGAUGGAUGGAUGGAUGGAUGGACAGGUGGAUGGAUGGAUGGAUGGAUGGAUGGAUGGACAGGUAGAUGGAUAGAGGGAUAGAUGGAUGAGUGAGUGGAUGGACAGGUGGGUGGGUGGGUAGACGAAUGAGUAAAUGGCUAGAUUGAUGGAUGUGUGGGUAGGUGAGUUGAUGGAUGAAUGGGUGAGAGUUUGGAGAUGAAUGAUUGGAUGGGAGGGUGGGUGGGUGUAUAGGCAGGGGUUAGGUAGCUGGAUGGAUGGAUGGAUGGAUGGAUGGAUAGAAGGAUGGAUGGAUAGGCAGAUGGGUGGGUGGGUGGUCCACUCUGUAUAUUUGUAUAGAUCAUUUAUAAAGUUUUCUACACUUCUCAAAAAAAAAAGUAUUUCUAACCUUGGCUGUUGGACAGUCUGUGAGCCUGCGAGCCGGCAAGCCUGUUGUUUCUUGUGUUUAGUGCAAUGUUAGUGAGAAUCCAAUGUCUGAGUUAUUUAUGCCAAUAAAGAAUUUGAGAAUUACUGCA